AUGGUGCAGGUGAAAGUGGAACAGGGGGUGCUGGAAGGCGAGGAGCUGGAUGUGGUCACAGGCGACAAGCGUUAUUUCAGCUUCAAGGGCAUCCCCUACGCCGCACCGCCCCUCGGUAAACUGAGGUUCAAGGCCCCUCAACCGCCAGAGCCAUGGAAAGGAAUAAGGAAAGCAACGGAACACGGACCGGUUUGCAUCCAAAGAGAUAUUUUUACAAAUCUAUUUAUACCCGGAACGGAAGAUUGCCUCUAUUUGAAUGUUUACACACCAAACCUUAAACCGAAAAACUUGUUGCCCGUCAUGUUCUUUAUACACGGCGGAGGCUACAAAAGUGGCUCAGGGAACGUCGACUUCUACGGACCCGACUUCCUUGUUGCUCAGGACGUGGUCGUUGUAACUAUUAACUACAGGCUCGAAGUGUUGGGAUUUCUCUGCUUGGAGACGAAAGAAGUACCCGGUAAUGCCGGAUUAAAGGAUCAAGUGGCUGCUCUGAGGUGGGUGAACAGAAAUAUUAGCAACUUCGGCGGUGAUCCAGAGAACGUUACCAUCUUCGGUGAGAGCGCAGGGGGCGCAGCCACCGCACUCCACGUCUUAUCGCCAAUGUCGAAAGGGCUCUUUAAGAGAGCAAUAUCAAUGAGUGGUGUACCGUUCUGCGAUUGGUCUAUCCCAUUCGAACCCAAACGACGUGCUUUUGUUCUCGGAAAGCAACUCGGUCUAGUAACUACAAAUACAGAGCAGCUCCUAGAGUUUCUUGAAAAUGUUCCGAUUGAAAAACUCGUUGAUACUAAUCCAAGUAUACUGAUUUCCGAAGAUACGAGCAACCUUUUUAAAUUUUAUCAUUUCACACCAGUCGUAGAAAAAGACUUCGGUCUUGACCAUUUUCUUACGGAAGAUCCCGAAGAGGCAAUGAAAAAUGGCCACAGAAGUAUUUUUGGCAAUGAAGGCGCUAAAUAUGGUUUAGCGGGUGCAGCCCACCUCGAUGAUCUCAUGCAUUUGUUCGACCCGAAGCAGUAUAAACUACCAGUGAACAAAGAGAGUUCAACGUACAAAAUGAUUUUACAAACAUGUUCCCUCUUCACGAACUUUGCGAAAUUUGGUAACCCGACUCCUGAUUCAUCACUGGGAGUGAUUUGGCCUGAAUACGUCGCUUCUUCGGGAGAUUAUCUUAACAUAGCAGAGGAGUUGACGGUGGGGACGGGGCUUGAUGCCGAAUUUGUAGCAUUUUGGAACAGUAUCUACGAAUCGGCAGGAUUGAUG